AUGAUGAAUCUUCAAAUAGUAGUGUAUUAGAAUAUAAUUUUUAUUUAUUUAGUAUAUUACGCCUACUUGCUAAGAUAAAGAAUGAAAUUGGUACCGAUAAAUGUGAUCUGACUACCCAGGCUGGGACUUCUUAUGUGAAAUAUUAUAUCCAAGAAAAAAAUGAGGAAUUGCUCAAAUGGUGCAACUGGUCAUCUUUUAUCUUAUGCUUAGCUAGACCUUGGGUGUGUGUUUUAGAAGUAGU